UUAAUUAAGUGAAAAUUUGCUGGUUUGAUGUGAAAAUUUGAACAUAUAUUAGUGGGUCCAUAAGUCUUAAAUUUUUAAUGUUUUUAGAAGGGAAUUUAGCAAGUCGGCAGAGAGAGUUUAAACGUGGUUCAGUGGUCUUGUCAUGCAUUAUACAAUUUCUUACAAAUUAAUUUGUCUUUAAACCAAUUAACUUGUCUUGUGGAAGCUGUGUAACCUAUGGCAACAACAGAGUUGCAGGAGAAUGAGACUUCAAAUGGAUGGCCACUUGGGUUGGAGAUCAUGAACAUGCGGCUUCGAGUGGCGGACCCUUGCCAGGCUGCUCCGGUUGAACCUCGUUCCGCUCUGCGUUUGUGCUCGGCCAGUUUCUCCUCAUACUCGUCCUCUAAUCUUGACACUGAGUCUACAGCAUCCUUUUUCCAAGACAAUAGCGUGUCGCUGGGGCGGCUAAUCGGCAUUAGACCGGCGAAAGGAGACCAUUACUUUGCCAGAAGAGUUGGCUUAAGUGAACGAGAAACUAAACCAGUUAAAGUGGUGAACUCUGAAGUAAGUACAAGGCAUAGACAGGAAAUGUCGGAAGGAAUCUGCAUUCCUUUACUAGUUGGCACUAUGGAAAAGAUGAGCAGAAGUAAAAGCAAGACAAAAGUUUGAUAGUCCAAUUGCAUUUUUUGAUAAGAUAAACAUCAUUUGAUUAUAAUCUGAUCUUCUGUUUUUGUCUGCUGUUGUAAAAUAUGUUCUGUUGAGAAAAAUUGGUUACUAUAAUGGUACCUUAAUUCACACAUAAAUGGCCCAUUUCUCCA